UCUCUUUCGGUUCAUUUUAUGAAAUAUCAUCAAGAAAAUGGCAAUUCUUAAAGAGCAAAAACUUGUUCAAAAAUGUAAGAUUGGUCCAACAAUGGGAUCAACUUCUUCUGUUCCUCUCUCGUUCCUUGAUUUGCCUUUAGCAGGUCCUAUUUAUGUCAGACGCCAAUUCUUCUUCCACUUCCCCCAUUCCACACUCCAUUUCUCUCAAACUACACUUCCUUCUCUCAAAACCUCUCUCUCUCAAACCCUUCAACUCUUCUUCCCUCUCGCCGGAAACCUCCUUUGUCCUCCACCGCCGCACAAACCCUUCAUUCGCUGCACCCAUGAUGACUCUGUCCCCUUCACUAUCAUCGAGUCCAAAGCUGAUUUCAACCACCUCUCGUCAAACCACCCCAAAAGUCUCAAACACUUGGAACACUUGAUUCCCAAGUUAGCAUGCACAAACACACACGAUGACACGUUUGUGUUCCCUUUGCUGGCAUUGCAAGCCACGGUUUUUCCCAACCAGGGCCUCUGCGUCGCGAUCACCUAUUGCCACGUGAUGGAUGAUGGUUGUUGCAGCAGUUUCAUGAAGUCUUGGGCUUCCUUUUGUCGAAGUGGUGGCGUUGACUUGACUCUUGCAGAGAAGUCAACACCGUGCUUGGACAGGGGAGUGUUGAAGGACCCCAAAGGGUUAGAAGCUAUCUUCUUAAGAGAUUAUUUUGAAGAGAGGUCAACUUGGAAGGAAAAGCUCGCUGGGAAAACCUCUGCGGUUUGCAAUGCUGAAGAUUACGUCAAAGCAACGAUUGUUUUGGGAAGGGAUGAUAUCGAGAGGCUGAGAAGAUUGGUGUUGAAUCAUUGGAAGAGAAGUGAAGAAGAAUUCAACACGUCACAGCAUGUAUCGAAAUUUGUGGUGGCUUGUGCCUUUGUGUGGGUUUGUUUGGUUAAAACAAGACACAGAAGUGAUUAUGAAGAGGAAGAUAAAGAAGAGUACUUUCGUUUCGCUGCAGAUUGCAGAGAUCGGCUUGAGCCUCCUGUGCCAGAAACAUACUUUGGAAACUGCUUAACGUUAUGUUUUGCAAUGCUGAAGAGAAAGGAGCUUAUGGGAGAAGGUGGUUUUGUGAAUGCAGUGAAUGUUAUGAGAAGGGCAGUGAGUGAUGUGAAAAGUGAUUUGUUUAAGGAUGCAGAAAAGUGGAGGGAAACAUUUACGAGGAUGUUUGCGUUGGGAAGUACUUUGAUAGUUACUGGGUCACCCAAGUUCACUGUUUAUGAGACUGAUUUUGGAUUUGGAAAGCCUAAGAAAGUGGAAAUGGUACAUUCCAUGAAGGGUGUGUCAUUAGCAGAGAGUGGAGAAAAGGAAGGAGGAGUUGAAGUUGGCUUGGUGUGUACAGUCACAGAAUUUGAAUAUUUAGUUUCUGUCGUUGAGCAAGAACUUCAAGGUUCAAAAUCCUAAUUUUAUUAGUGUGAUAUAAGCAAAAUUUCAAGCUUUUAAGUCCGUUGAAAAUAUUUAUGCAACAAAUUUUUCGUUCCUUUUAUUUAUUAAUGAAUACA